UCUGCGCUCUCCAGGAGCUGCAGCUGAGGCAGGGAGGCAAGAGAGAACAAGCCCGCAGGAAAGAAGGUUUUUGUAUUCCCAGGAUGCUUUCUUCCAGUGACUAUGGAACCACCUCCUGGGAACUUAGUAUCCGUGUUGCUAACCAGCAUGGAGAGGAAGAAAAAGGAUUCACACUUAGAGUAUCUGGAGACUUACAUAUUGGGGGAGUCAUGCUCAAGCUAGUAGAACAAAUCAAUAUAGCUCAAGAUUGGUCGGAUUUUGCUCUUUGGUGGGAACAGAAACAUUGCUGGCUUCUAAAAACACACUGGACUCUGGACAAAUAUGGUGUCCAGGCAGAUGCAAGACUGCUUUUCACACCUCAGCAUAAAAUGUUACGCCUACGUUUGCCAAACAUGAAAACUGUGAGACUAAGAGUCAGCUUCUCAUCUGUUGUCUUUAAAGCUGUCAGUGAUAUCUGCAAAACCCUUAAUAUUAGGAGAUCAGAAGAGCUCUCUUUGUUAAAACCAUCAGAUGAUUAUUUUAAAAAGAAAAAGAAAAAAGAAAAGAAUAACAGAGAGCCUAUAAUUGAAGACAUUUUAAAUUUAGACAACUCUCCAACCACUUCAGGUUCUCCAGUAAGUCCUGGCUUAUACAGUAAAACAAUGACUCCUAUUUAUGAUCCUGUCAAUGGAACACCUGUUUCUUCUACCAUCACUUGGUUCAGUGAUAGUCCUCUGACAGAACAAAGCUGUAACAUCCUUGCUUUCAGCCAGCCCAGUCGAUCACCAGAAACACUUGCUGAAAUGUUCCAGCCUCGGUCUCUAGUUGAUAAAGCCAAACUUAAUGCAGGUUGGCUAGACUCAUCCCGUUCUCUUAUGGAACAAGGCAUUCAAGAAGAUGAGAAACUAUUGUUACGCUUUAAAUACUACACAUUCUUUGACUUGAAUCCCAAAUAUGAUGCUGUUCGAAUAAACCAACUUUACGAACAAGCCAGGUGGUCCAUUCUUUUAGAAGAAAUUGACUGCACUGAGGAGGAGAUGUUGAUCUUUGCUGCUUUACAGUAUCAUAUAAGCAAAUUGUCAUUGUCAUCAGAAACUCUGGAUUUUACAAACGAGUCUGAAGUGGAUGAAGUAGAAGCUGCCCUCUCUAACCUGGAAGUCACAUUAGAAGGUGGAAAAACAGAAAACAUUUUGGAGGACAUUACAGACAUACCAAAGCUUGCAGACUAUCUCAAAUUAUUUAGGACCAAAAAACUAACAUUAAAAACUUUCAAACAAUAUUGGUUUGUCUUUAAAGACACUUCAAUAGCCUACUUUAAAAAUAAGGACCUUGAACAAGGGGAACCAAUUGAGAGAAUGCAUCUUAGAGGCUGUGAAGUUGUACCCGAUGUAAACGUAUCAGGGAGAAAGUUUGGAAUCAAGUUGCUAAUCCCUGUCGCUGAUGGUAUGAAUGAAGUGUAUUUGAGGUGUGACAAUGAGAAUCAGUAUGCCAGAUGGAUGGCUGCCUGCAUCUUAGCUUCAAAAGGCAAGACCAUGGCAGAUAGCUCCUAUUGCCCUGAAGUAAACAACAUUCUUUCAUUUCUGAAGAUGAAAAACAGAAAUACAACAUCACAGGCACCUUCUGAUGAAUGCAUGGAUAUGAAACCAGAAUGUUUUGUGUCACCUCGGUGUGCAAAGAAAUACAAGUCCAAACAGUUGGCAGCUCGAAUUCUGGAAGCCCACCAGAACGUGGCACAGAUGUCUCUAGUUGAAACUAAGCUCCGUUUUAUUCAAGCAUGGCAGUCCUUACCAGAAUUUGGGCUCACGUACUACAUUGUCAGGUUUAAAGGAAGCAAGAAAGAUGAUCUUCUUGGAGUCUCAUAUAAUAGGUUAAUUAGGAUAGAUAUAGCCACAGGAGAUCCAAUUACAACAUGGAGAUUUGCAAAUAUGAAACAGUGGAAUGUAAACUGGGAAAUCCGUCAGGUUACCAUAGAGUUUGACCAAAAUUUAUCUUUUGCUUUCACUUGCCGAAGUGCAGAUUGCAAGAUAGUACAUGAAUAUAUUGGUGGCUAUAUCUUUUUAUCCACCCGCUCGAAAGACCAAAAUGAAACACUUGAUGAAGAGCUCUUCCACAAAUUAACAGGAGGUCAGGAGUGAAACAGCUGACUUGGAUGACCUUUGCAAACAGUACAGCCAUAUCAUGGUUUUUGGUUUUUUGUGGGUUUUUUUUUUUAAUCCUUUGACUCUUCCUGACAGACAGAAUAAUAUAACAAUACAGUAUAAAUCCUGGAAUACUUCCCAUGCUAAAUCCCUAGUGACAUGUCUCCUUCCUGCUUUUAUUAUUACUCACUUGAACCGAGAUUCUUGUUGGAUGCACAAGUCCAAACACAUACCCUUCCUCCCUGAAGCGUUUUCCAUGGUGGAAUUACUUGAACCUGAACAGUAUGACCUAGAGUGGCAGCAGACAAUGGAGAAAGAAGAUGCAGAUAAAGUAAAGCAGUUUUUAUACAGACUGAGAAGCAGUGCUUUGGUAUCAUUCCUGUGAGGUAUCCUGAGACAAUCCCAUCAAGGGUUUGGUCUAAUUCCCAGAGGAACUAGGACUUACCAACAGAUUUUGAGUGAUAUGUUUUCAUUUUCUGAAGCUAGAAAAUGAGAAGAAAACUUAGGAUUUGAGAGUAAUAUAUAGAGAAUCAGAUUAUUUCAAGCCUAAUUCUCCCUGAUUCCAGACUUAGGUGAGGCAAAUCAGGAAACCUCUUUCAGUCUCUAGGUUUAAGUCCUCAAGAUUUAAGGCCUAAUUCGACACUUGGGUCCUAGGACCAUAUGGUUCAUGUAAUAAAAAACAUAUUUGAGACAUUUUCUUUUGACACAAACUGGUAAUUUGACCAUAACCCUGGCACUAUCAAGCUUAAGUAAAUAUCAUUUAAGUAUUGAGCUACCUGAUAUUUCAGUUUACGGAUCAGAAUUACAAUAUUUAAAAGUCUAUAUAACUAAUCUAUUUGUCACAAAGGACAAAGUUGUGCAUAAUUUACUAAAGUGAAACCUUGGUUUCAACUGAACCAUUUGGUAUUUCCCAUUUGUCUGUCAUUUCCAUAAUAACUUUCAUAGAUGUUGACUGAUUUUGACCAAAUUUUGUCUGCAACAAAGAAUGUCAGGAUAUACUUCAAGUUCCAUUUAUGGGUGCUUGGCUAUCACAAAGGUGGCUGUGGCAGUCAGAUGAAAUCUUCCAAAUGAGUUAUUUGUACUCAGUAGAGAUGCACUUUACAAAAGCAUUAGUCUAAAUUUAGACUAGCUCAUUAUCCUCUUAGAGUAUUAGAUUUCUAAGCCACAUCAAGUCAACAGGUCAAUAAGCAAUUAUUAAUCACUUACUGUAUGCCAGUCACUGUACUAAAAGCUAUAUGCAGCUCAUUUGUCCCGUGUAAAGAUAUUUGAGUCUAUAUUCUCCAUAGUCAUCACUGUAAAAUGUUGCUAGUAUAUGCAAUUUAAAACUACUUGCUUUUCUGUCUACAUUAGAUGGAGAAAUAUGCAUUUAAUUUCUUUUAUAUGGAUGGGUACAAGAACUAGGCAUCGGGCCUGUGAUUUCCUUGAUAGAACUACUAGUGAGGACCUUGUACCUCCUCUGCAACUAAGUCUUUUUUAAUUCUGAAUUUAACAAAUGCUAAAUAAAAUGAGCAUUUCCUUAUACAUGAUA